AUGAUGAUGAUGAACUCUACUCAGGUUUCAUAUUUCUCACUAACUGCCUACUUUGACACCGGAGAUUUAACAUACUUAUAUUUCAUUAUUAUCAUGUGUUUGUAUGUGUUGAUCAUUAGUGCCAAUGUGUUGUUGGUGGUGGUUAUCUGUAGUAACAGAAGCUUACAUGAACCUAUGUACCUUUUCCUGUGCAGCCUGUUUGUAAAUGAACUGUAUGGUAGUACAGGGUUGUUUCCAUUCCUUCUGGUUCAGAUCCUCUCUGACAUUCACACUGUUGCUGCUCCGCUCUGCGUCCUGCAGAUCUUCUGUUUGUAUUCUUACUGUGGUGUUGAGUAUCUAAACUUAGUCGUCAUGUCUUACGAUCGAUAUCUGGCUAUCUGUUAUCCUCUACAGUAUAACACACGUAUGACCUCUAACAAGAUCGCUGCGCUGAUAGCUGUAACGUGGUUUUGUCCGUUACUGCUGUGUCUCGUGAUGGCGUCCUUGAGUUCCUCUCUCCGGCUGUGUGGGAACAUUAUUAACAAAGUCUACUGUGAUAACCACUCCAUAGUUAAACUGGCCUGUUCUGACACUACAGUUAAUAACAUCUAUGGACUCAUUAUUUCUACACUCUCCAUCUUUUGUCCUCUGAUUCUGAUCUUCUACACGUAUAUAAAGAUCCUCAGAGUGUGUUUCUCUGGCUGUAAACAGACCAGACAGAAAGCUGUCAGUACCUGCACACCUCACCUGGCUUCUCUGCUCAACUUCUCAUGUGGAGCUUGUUUUGAGAUAUUACAGAGCAGAUUUAAUAUGAACAAUCUACCCAACAUGUUGAGGAUCUUUUUAUCGUUGUACUGGCUGACCUGCCAGCCGCUCUUCAACCCUCUACUGUACGGACUGAAUAUGUCCAAAAUACGCAUCAUAUGUAGAAAUCGGCUCUUUGAUAAAAUUUAG